CGACGGGGGCAGCACUCGGAACGGCGCGGCGCCCCGGGCGGGCCCAUGGAGCUCGAGAAUAUUGUGGCCAACACAGUGCUGUUGAAGGCGCGCGAGGGUGGAGGAGGGAACCGAAAGGGCAAAAGCAAGAAAUGGCGCCAAAUGUUGCAGUUUCCACACAUCAGCCAAUGUGAAGAUCUUCGGCAUACAUUGGAGCGGGACUACCACAGUUUGUGUGAGAAGCAGCCCAUUGGGCGUCUGCUCUUCCGGCAGUUCUGUGAAACCCGGGUGGAGCUGAUGCGCUGUGUCAAGUUCCUGGAUGCCUUGGCAGAGUACGAAGUAACUCCUGAUGAAAAACGGAAGGAGUGUGGGCAGUCCCUCAUUGAGACGUACCUGACCCCUAAGAGUGCAGACCAUGUGCCUGAAGUUCCCUCACAGUUAGUAAAUCUAUGCUCAGAGCGACUGGAACAGGAACCAUGUAAAGAGCUCUUUAAGGAAUCUACCAAACUCAUCCACGACUAUCUGAGUGUAGCACCUUUUGCUGACUACCUUGACAGCAUCUAUUUCAAUCGUUUUCUGCAAUGGAAAUAUCUGGAAAGGCGGCAUGUGACCAAGAACACUUUCCGCCAAUAUCGUGUACUAGGAAAGGGAGGCUUUGGAGAGGUAUGUGCUUGCCAAGUACGAGCUACUGGAAAGAUGUAUGCCUGCAAAAAGCUUGAGAAGAAGCGAAUAAAAAAGAGAAAAGGGGAAGCCAUGGCUUUGAAUGAGAAGCGGAUACUGGAGAAAGUGAACAGUAGGUUUGUAGUGAGUUUGGCCUAUGCAUAUGAAACUAAAGAUGCUCUCUGCUUGGUCUUGACCCUCAUGAAUGGAGGGGACCUCAAGUUCCAUAUCUACCACAUGGGAGAAGCAGGCUUUGAGGAGCCACGAGCUGUUUUCUAUGCAGCUGAAAUCUGCUGUGGUUUGGAAGACCUUCAUCAUGAGAGGAUAGUAUACAGGGACCUGAAGCCUGAGAACAUCUUGCUGGAUGACCAUGGUCACAUCCGCAUUUCUGAUCUUGGGCUGGCUGUUGAAGUUCCGGAAGGACAGACGAUCAAAGGUCGGGUGGGAACAGUUGGCUACAUGGCUCCUGAGGUAGUAAAGAAUGAGCGGUAUACAUUCAGCCCUGAUUGGUGGGCACUAGGAUGCCUGCUUUAUGAGAUGAUAGAGGGGCAGUCUCCCUUCCAGCAACGCAAGAAGAAGAUCAAGCGCGAAGAGGUGGAACGCCUAGUGAAGGAUGUGCAGGAGGAGUACUCGGAAAAGUUCUCACCUGCUUCCCGCUCCCUUUGUUCCAUGCUCCUCUGCAAAGACCCAUUGGAACGGCUGGGCUGUCGUGGUGCUGGUGCCCAAGAGGUUAAAGAGCACCCUCUCUUUAAACAUUUGAAUUUUAAACGGUUGGAAGCAGGGAUGCUAGACCCACCAUUCAAGCCUGAUCCCCAAGCAAUUUAUUGCAAGGAUGUGUUGGACAUUGAGCAGUUCUCCACUGUCAAGGGUGUUGAGCUGGAGCCUGCAGACCAUGAGUUCUACCAUAAGUUUGCAACAGGGAGUGUCUCCAUCCCCUGGCAGAAUGAGAUGAUAGAGACCGAGUGUUUCAAGGAGCUGAAUAUCUUUGGUCCAGAUGGAGCUGUUCCUCCUGACCUGGACUGGAAGGGGCAACAACUUCCCCAACCCAAAAAGGGCCUGCUGCAACGUCUCUUUAGCCGACAGGACUGUUGUGGAAACUGCAGUGAAAGUGAAGAGGAACCCACUCGCCUAUAGGUGUAGCCAAUGCAUCCUUUCUAGGAGCCUGGCCAGGCAGCAAGCUGACUCUGUACAGGAGAUGGGCACUGGUCUGGUUGGCUGGAUAAGUACGAGUUCAUCGUUUCAGGGUGGCUCUACAGAGGAAGCGCUCCAGGACUGGGGAGAACUGGCCCCCUCUGCAGAGGUCUUUGGUGUACUGCCAAAGGAUUAUCCAGCCACAGCACCUCUUCCACAGCAGAGAGACAAUGGCAGGAGCCAGUGAAACAUUCCAGGGCUGGCCCUGGCCUCAGGCCUCCCGCCUGUUAGUCUAUUGGAGUUUGUUUUAUAUAUUUAUAUUGAUAUAUCUUAUGAAUGUAUGUAUAUAAACAUAUACAUUUUUAAUUGUCAAGGAGGGGUCCUUCUGCACUUCUCUCCUGUCCCACCCCUGUGGACAUUGUGCACCAGUAGUGUCUGGGAAACAAAGGAAUUUAGCUCUGGCUCCCAUACAAGUUAUCGGUCCCGUUUACUGGUAAAGAUCAAUAGUGGGAGACGCCAGGGUAGGGCAGCUGCAUUGAAAGAGCAAUCACUACUAGCAUAUCUGGUUUGCAGGGAACAAUUUGGGCCACCCUGUGCAUGCAUGCCCCACCCAACUUGCUGUGCUACCAUAAUCCACUGUGAGACUCCCUUUAGGUAUGUAGACUUGUUUAGGCAACAGACAUUUCUGAGGGUGUUUUCCCGCCUAGAUAGCAGGGUAUGGGUCCUGCCUCUAGACUAUGGUUUAAUGGGAAUCCUAAAGUGCAAGAAUAGCAUGCUGGUUCCUGCCUUUAGUGGGAUGUGCAGUAAUGAAUAGGCAGGAAGAACUCAAGUGGCCCCAUCUCUUUUUGCCUUCUGUCAGGUGCCUCCAUAGGAAUUUCUCUCCUCCCCCACCAAGAAAUGAAGCAAUUCUGCUAUAUGCUCUACUGACGUUUUUCAAAAGGAUGACACUAAAGGGAUCCCCUGUCACCUGUGCCAGUGUGGGAGCAUCCACAUGACCAAGCCUGGAGUAUUGAGCUCUUUGGGCUCUUUGCCAAAGUCCUGCUUCUGUUUCCCUAUGGCAAUCUGUCAUUCUUUUUCAUGGCUGAAAGCCAGGACCUAUGCAGAGCUGUACUUGUGCAUUCACAAAGCUCAGUAGAGUGGUUCUGCUCUGGUGCUGCUCACUCCCCCUACUAAAUGUUCCAGCCUUACCAUUUUCCACUGAUACCGGGUGUGUGCUACUUCAGGCUUCCAGUCAGUUCUCAUCUUCAGGGUGCGUGUGCCUGUGUGUGUACAUGUGCAUGUGCUCAUCUUACCUCAAGGCAGUCAGCCUCAUCUCCCACUUAAUCUGUGGUGUAUCAUGCACUGAUGUUUGGAUUAUUGAAACUCUUUUGAAUUUAACUGUAAAUUUGCUGUGGUACAAAAAUGAAUGCAGUCAGUUGCACCACCAGGUGCUGAGCAGUUUCCUCCUGGUGCUUUCCUCAGUGUGGGGUAUCCACCCGCCUUGCCCCUAAAUUAGAGAUAACAGGUUCUCUUCAGUGCUUUCUGUGUCUGUGAGAUCCUCUGUUACUUGGAUACUACUGUCUGACUACUCUUGACAACCUGUUGUUCAGCUUCUACAUCAUACUUCAUUGUUCCUUCUUUUUCACUGGAACUUCUAGCCAAACAAAUGCUAUUUAGACUUCCUCAGUAUGUGCAUCCUCCCUGUUUUUUCAGUAUUUCUUCUAUUCUUCUUUAAAAAGUUACUGGCCAUUUUAAAAUUUGAAGGUUUUGCUUAGAACAUCAUAUGUGGAUUAUAUUUCUAUCAAAGAGCUGAUUCAUGCUCUUACAUUAAUUUUAGUUUUUUAAAAAAAUUAAAUUUUGAAAAUGGCAAAACAUAAAAAUAAGACAAUCAACAGUGAGAAGCAUGGGCUGAUUUUAAGUGUAAUAGAGAGGCAGAAACGUGCACUAUUUACAAUUGAUGACGACAUAUUCUGUCAUUUAAACUGGAGCCCUUUUAAUAUUAUUUUUAGUUAUCCCUAAGACUUGUUUAAAUUUACAUAUUUCAAAAUGAAACAAAGUUUAUCUUAAGUAUAAGGCUGUUUGAAUUAAUAAAAUCCACAGUGUGUUGCUAGGACAUGUUCUCUUUAAUAUGUUCUUUUUCAUCAACUUUGGAAGUAUAAAAUAUUCUCUACUGUAGUGAAGCAAGCUUUUCUCUUUUUUUAGAAGCUAUUUUUAAAAUGUUCAGACUCCACUAGCGCUCAUGGAAGUUUCAAACAUAAAAGAUUGAUUCUCUGUAGUAGGAAGAAAGGCACAGCAGUCUUGUUGCCAAUGGCAAAUUUUGUAUUUUGACUUGGAAUACAAAUUGAAAACAGAACUAAUCUUUUUGACAAAAUCAAAUCUAGAGCAAGAAGCCAUUGGAUCUCUCUGCCCUGUGUUGCUUCUUGGCAGUCCCAUCAGUAAAGCAGAACCAAACGUUGCCCCAUUAUUGCACGUUUAUCUGGCUUAAAGCUGCAGUCCUGUAAUGGAGAGCUGAGAGUGGCUUUCCUGUACAUGCUAUUUGCAAAAUCUGGAUGGGAACAACGUACCCUUGAGGUUAGGAGCAGCUGGGGCUAGUUCACCAAAGGUGGACUGGGAAGUUUUGGCCUAGGUGCAAGUCAAGCUGAGUGCCCCUAACUCAGUACUGUAGGAGCAUGCUCAGUUCUGGCCAGCAGUAUUAGUAAGGGGCAUCACCUCACCCAUUGAUGCCUCCUCUGCCACAACUGAGAGUGUGUCAGGAGAAGACAGUGGGCAAGUUGAUGCCAAUUAUUGUUACUGCUGAAAGGUAUGAGCUGUGUGAAACCCCCCACCCCCCCGGCCACACUGGCAGAGCUGCUGGGACUUUGCUCCACCUUCUCCUGGCUGCCAGUGUGGCCUGCCUUUUAAGGCAGAAGACCACUUGGAACUUAUCCUGAUAAGAUAAAUGCUUACUCAUUCGUAGAAGGAUCUGUAGUGCAAGAACUCCAGUGUGACUUGUCAACUUCAAUCUAUUCUUGCUUCUUCAUGGUCUAAUUCUGCAUUCCAGUCUUUUUUUUUUCCUUAGGCUGUACAGUAUGUUUUCCCCACUCAUUUAAAGAAAUAUCUAUCUUUCUGUCUUCAUCGGCUUGAGCUGAUCUGUAUUAUCAUGUCUGUGGACCGCUAUAUUCUAUGUCUAGCUUCCAUUUCUCUUUUGCCUCUGCAGCUGGCUUUGCUUUGCAGCAGUGAAUUGAUACAUGUAGAAUGAUGAUACCAUGUGAUGUACCAUACCAGAUGUACCUAGGAAACAAUUUGGAAAUUGGGCAGGCUACUGCCUACCUACACUGCUCAGGCAAGACUGUUUCUAGAACUUUUUCUCCCUCCCUCUUCUCUACCAACUCUUUUCUUUCAAGUGGGACUGUGGGAAUAAAAGGA